AACUGCCCGCCAGCCCUCCCCUGGCCCUGUUCCAUCUUCAUUGUCCCCAUGUUAUUAUUACCCACUUCGUCAUCUUCUGUUGUCGCCGACCUGGAUGCUCUCUCUCUACCCCUCGCCAGCCCGCUGCUGCUGCUGCUGCUGCUGGUCUUCCCCACACGUUUCCUUGUCAGUCAUGGUCAUUCUCCCAAUCCAUCCGCCAAUGAUUCGUGCAAAGUCACUUGAGCUGACACCCAGCUAUGCCUCAAUUGCUUUCCGUAUCGCUGUCUUUCCAUCUAUCGGUCUGUACAUUCGCCAUUGAAUAAUGAUAUACACGCUUCCAUUCCUUACCAGCUGAUAUCGAGCCUUCAUCCUCAUCCCCACCAUCCAGACUUCUCUUCUUCGUGCCCGCGCGAGCCACCUGGGCAACAACCUUCACGUCUACGCCAGCCUUCAUUUGUUUGGGGCCGCAGCCCCACUAGCCUGUAGAUUCGAGCAGGAUCCGAUCGCAUGCCACUCUCCGUCCGAUCGCAUGCCUAUGCGCACAUCACCUUAUUUUGACAAAAUCUGCGUCCAAAUCUGUGGACCUGCAGUAGUUCAAACAUCAUCGCAAGGCGAACUCGAUCCACAAAUCUCGCUCGUCUCCUACCAACCUGUGUCUGCCCGCCCACGAUCAAAAUCAUCCAGUGGGCACCAGUCCCCAACAUUCUUCUCCAAGCCCGCAGGUGGCGUGAGCCAUCUCACCAGCCGAGGCUGCAUUCCAACGUGCGGCAUCUUGAACCCGAACGAGAAAAGAAAAAUAACCACCACCUAUACGACAGACGGAAAACGGAAAACUGUACCACUCAUCUUCCGUCCAAACGUUUUCUUGUCCGCCGUCGCAAAACCUGCGCCAAUCCAACCGCCCUACCCUACGACUUCCUGUCCUAUUAGGCUUCCGACUUUGUUAUCCGCUUACCGUUGUUCAACACCCCUCCUAGUCAAGGCUACAUACAUACUCCAUCUACCGUACGUAGCUGCAUUAGCUUCGGCCCGUCCCUAGCCGAUCCUCGAGUGAGGCUGGAUCCAACAUCAAUCAUAGACUCGAGCAUUUUCCAGUAGCGGAAUAGAUUUGUGCAAGCACAGGUCAGAUGCCUACGUCUUGCGAAUCCGCGCAUGUACCAUUCAAGCAUCAAGCAUCUCUUCACAUAUCCGUCCUUUCAACAUCCAAACAAACCCGAAACCCUGGCUCCUUUUCCCAGGACGCAUUUCGUCUCGUCAACGUGCAUGCGUCAGCCUAACGUUCCCAUGAAAUUGUGAAUCUUUCAUCUUGCCAUGUAGCUUAAUAUACCGUGCACAAAUGAACAAAAUGUCAUCGUGAAAGCAUUAAUCCUGCAGCCUAAAAACUGCCGCGUCAAACGAAUCUCGGCUCCAUGACCACUUGUGUGCGUCAAGCCUUUCUUGAGGUACGUGGGUGCAGUCCUCGUUGCCAUUGAUAAUGCGCCUCGACCAGAAUGAUCAUCGUAAACGAUAUUUCGAGAACAACUCAACGAUCUCGCCUGCUUUCUAGAACCAGACCCUGUAAAGCCAGCAUACUCCUGAGCCGGCGACAUCUCGAACAGUGAAGCCGUGAUCCAUGCAAUGUCGUUGCGACAUCUACCGAC